CGGCCGGACACCCAAAGCUCACGAGCGAGCCAAUCUCGACCACAGUCCCCGUCCACCACUCCGAAUCUAAUACCUUUCCUAAUACCCAUUACUUCUGAAUCAUCUCAACAAGAUUAGUUACUGAAGAAAGAAAACAAAGAUGGGAUUCAUCUCCCGCAUUAUCACACUCUUCGGCCUCGUCCUGCUCGCCCAUGCAGGCUACUCCGCCCACGAACACACCAUCCUGUACAGCAACACCGCAAGCACAGCAAGCGGCGGCACCGCCCUUCCGCUCGACAUCGUCAUCGAAGCCCUCGCAUCACUAGUCCUCGUCUCGGCGGGACUUGUCCUCGGCGCAGAAAAGCUCAAGCCGAUCAGUUGGAGUGAAUGGGCGGGUCAGAUUGAGCGCGAGGGUGGUGGGAGGAAUCCGUAUCGGAGGUUGGAGGAACGGUAUGGGUUUUGGGAUGUUAGGGCGAAGAGAAAGGAGUUUGCGGAUUGGAUGAAGGGGGAGGUUCCUGUUCCUGGUAAGGAAUGAGUUGAGGGGAUUGGGUUGGUUGGUUGGUUGGUUGGGUUUAUUGGGUGUGGGAAGGGUGUAUUAUAGUUUUACGUUUGUGAUUGAUAAAUUGAUG